UACAAGUCAAUGUUUUAUUACAACUAAUGGCACUGAAACACCUUGUAAAGAAUGGAUUUAUGACAAAACGGUUUACCAUUCAACACUAAUAUCAAAGUUUGACAUUGUUUGUGAUGACAGAUUCAUGCGCAGUCAUGUAUUAUUAGCUUACUUCCUGGGACAGAUGUUUAGUGCCUUCACCUACGGAUUUAUCAGCGACAUAUGGGGAAGAAAACCUGUUAUAGUUACUGGUGUUAUCGUUCUUUUUGUUGCCAAUGUUGUUAGUCGAUGGAUGUCAAAUGUAUACUUAGUUUGUUUAUGUCAAUUCUUCAACUCAGUUGGAGGAGUAUAUCACUAUGUCGUCUCUUUUAUUCUCGCGGCAGAACUUGUUGGACCAGACAAGAGGAUCAUGGCAUCGUUUAUAUUAUAUAUUGCUUAUUGCAUUGGUGAAUAUAUCUUACUAGUGGAAGCCUUUUUUGUGCGUAGAUGGGAAAACCUUAUGCUGGUAAUUUCGGUUCCAAUUGCUGUUUGUUUCUUCACAUUCCCAUAUAUUGUGGAAUCACCCAGAUGGUUAUUUAUCAAAGGCAGGGAUAAACAAGCGAUAGAAAUCCUCCAAAACGCUGCAAAACGCAAUCAAGUAUCCGUUGACUUUACAGCAGAGACCAUCGUCGUGAAGAAAGAAGAAACUAUUUCAAUUACGACUGGGAUAAAAACCAUGAUGAAGUCAAAGCAAAUGUUAUUCAGAUCACUGAUUUUGAUACUAAACUGGAUGGCAGUGAAUUUGAUAUACUACGGAAUAAGUUUGAAUAUUGGUGACCUUGCCGGAAACGUCUAUAUAAACUACGCCAUAUCUACUACAGCAGAAACAAUAGCAGUUAUUUUCUGCUUUUUCUCAGACAAGUUUCCGAGGAAAAGACUUUUUUGCUCUUCUAUGAUUAUUGGAGGCUGUUCCUGUUUGUGUACUUUAUUUACAUCAACAUUUGGGGGAAAUUCGUUGCAGUGGUUGACUAUUAUGUUAGCAAUGGUUGGAAAACUAUGCGUUUCUACAUCAUUUUUUCUAAUAUAUGUAAUCACUGCUGAAAUUUUUCCCACAAUAAUAAGGGCAACUGCAUUUUCCUUUUGUGACAUGGGAGGUAGAAUUGGCUCAAUAUCUUCCUCGUAUAUUGGUAAACUGGGUGUAUUGGUAGACACAAGGUUUGGCCAAGCGUUACCACUGAUAAUAUUUGGUUCAGUUGGAACUUUAGCCGGCUUACUUGCCAUAUUUUUGCCGGAAACUGGAAAAACCAAACUACCUGAUACAGUACAGGAAGCUAUUCACAUUGUCAGUGAAUCAAAACAUUCACCACCAAUCCACAGAACACCUUGUGAAGAAAACGAAACAAUGCUAUGAAGUGCUUAUUGUUGUCUCCUAGAUUCUGUCUGAGAUAUCAAUCUGUGUGCCUUAAUGCAGUAUGAACUUAAGAUUAUUUUAGAACAAG